AUGGCCCGGUUUCUCACGCCCUCAAAGAUUGGGCUCCUCACUCUGGUUGAGCUUUACACAUAUGGUGUCGUCUCAACCUCUGCUACAAUUCCUGUUCUGUCGUUCAUCAUCAACCAACUACUGCCUUCCUCUGUCCCCAGGUAUCCCUCGAAGACCGCUACCCCGUCGCAACCCCUCCCUUUCAUCCUCGACCUCAAAUCCUUCGAAGAGCUCCUCAUAGCCCAUCCGUCGGCGUCUGGCGUGCCGGGGCGAACACUAUGGGACUAUUUCCUCAGAAAACUAUGGGAGAUCGACAGCUUGGAUGCUCUACAUAAUUUCUUCGCAGAAUCUGUGAACCUUUUGGCAAAGUCUCGAGAGGACUUAAAGAAAGACAGCGAACUGGGCAUCCCUCCCCCCUCCCCCGACAUGAUCGUGCUGUCCCGCACGUCCCCACUUGGGAGUUUUGUUCGGAGAGCGAAGGUUGAGUUUGACCGGCUGAAAUUCAGCAAUACUCUAUCCUUGUGGGAGGCCUUUGUGAGGUGGAGACAGGGGUCCGCGAAAUAUUGGGCGAGGAAGAAUGGGGGUUUACACAGGUGGGCUGGGGACAAGGCGUUGAGUGACGGGGAAAGAGAAUGGGGAAUAGAAGCGGCAGAAAUGCUCGAAAUUGUGGCAUAUGGCGGCUUGCAUACUGAUGAGGGGGAGAAGGGCUGUGUGAGCACCGACGAUGUUGAGAAGCUGUUGGAAUUUCAAGUGGAACAGAUGCAGAAGAUUGGCAUUAGAAUACCGGUCGAAGUCAAAGACAAAUUCAGGAGCGUCUUGGACGAGAGCAUUGUGAUCCCAAGCUUGUCACAUUACUUGAGCUUCCUGGAUGCCUGGCGGGCUGGUGACUAUCCUACAUCAUUUGACAAUCUACAUCGGUAUUUCGAUUAUACCAUGGAAAACCGCGACCGUCUAUUCUAUCAAUAUGCUCUUAUGAAUCUUGCCGUUCUACAGGCCGAUUUUGGAUGCUUCGACGAAGCGGUAGCUGCUAUGCUCGAGACGGUAUCGACCGCACGGGAAAACAAAGAUAUGGCCUGUCUUAAUUUUGCUCUGAAUUGGUUGUAUCAUUUCGGUAAAGCACACCCGGAUAUCAUUGACGCGGCCGAGUCAACGAACAUGCUUGGCGUGGAGAGAGAAGGGCUUGUAUUUCUUCGCCUUAAGGCUAAGGAAACUGGCAUGUGGACUUUGUGGAGCUCAUCGCUACUCAGUGAAGCGAAACUCGGUAUGUCAAACGGCGAGAGUAUUGCAACAGCUUUCGAAAAUAUCUUGAAGAGCUCUCAGCUCAUUGUGGAAAAGAAUAUGAAGAGUAUGAUGGGAGCGCAGAUGGCGAUGUACUCUUCAUUAUGGGGACGUCUAGGAGUGGUCUGUUUGUCAAGGCAAUAUUGCGAGGUCUUUCUCAGCUCACAUGCCCGCCACGCUCUCUUCGAUGAUACUUUGAGAUUCACAUGCCGGAUUGCCCAUCUCCUGAUGGAAAGAGGCCACUUUGACGAAGCCAUGGAGAGACUGGAAAGUUUGGAUGAGAAUUCUCUUCGGUCGUGGAAAGCAAAUCAAUACUGGUUGAAAUAUCGAGGCAUUCUUCGCCUGAAGCGGGACCUGCACCGCAACAAUCUGGACGGAGCCGACCAACUCCUUUCGCAGCUUCUCCAGUCCAACGGACCCGACGCGGACCCGGAACUUGCCUUUGAGAUAAAUAUCCUCCACAUUGACUAUCUCAUACGGCGCACGGAUUUCAGUCGCGCACUUGCCAAAAUCGAACAAUUGUCGUUGGCGAUGAAAGAGUCGGGGGAUGAUAUACAUUUGCGAGUUAAACUCCUUACCAUGAAGGCCUUACUUCAAGACAAAGCCGGUCGCCCCCAGAAAGGGUUCUCUGUGGCUGUUCGCGCAGCCAGCAUCGCUUGGCGGGCACGGCUGAUUCCUGCUCUCUGGGCAGCGAUGGGUGCAGUAGCCAACAUCCUUACUUCGCUCGGCGAAUUUCAUGCUUCAUCUCAAAUCCUUAUCUCGGUCAUUCCUCGUGCUCUAGAGUGCGAAAACUGCCCACUGAAUGCUCAGCUUUAUUCGUUCCUCGUCGACGCCUAUAUGGGCAUAGCGGGGCUUGCUGAUGCAGGGAGUCUGAAGAGGACGCAGAACCUAACUAAAUGCUUGGAAUUCAUUGACAGGGCUUUUAGUGAAUACUCCGCAAUGGAGGACAUCAAGGGUCAAUGUGAGAUGAUGGCCAAGAAGGCCACGAUAAUGAGAAUAUUGGGGGACAAAGUGCAAGCAAAUGACUAUGCAAGCGCAUACUUGGACUUGAAGAAAGAAGCAGCAUUAGCAGUGGCUUGA